UUGCCUGCGUUAUAAAUAUUACCUCUCAACAUUUGCUAGAAGCUAUAAAGGUGGCUAAAUAUAUAAUCCUAACAGCACCCACAAAGAGCUCUUUGCCAUGUCAGACUACCUUUGGUUUGAAGGGAUACCUUUCCCUGUUAUAGAGUAUGAAAAAAAAAUAAUUGAAGAAUCUCGUGAUAAGUUUGUCAUCAGAGAUGAAGACACAGUCAUAGUGACUUACCCUAAAUCAGGAACUAACUGGAUGAAGGAGAUUGUCUGCUUGAUUCAGACCAAGGGGGAUCCCAGUUGGAUCCAAUCUGUGCCUAUCUGGGACCGCUCACCCUGGAUAGAGAGUCAAAGAGGAUAUCAACUAUUAAUCAAUAAGGAAGGACCACGCCUCAUCACCUCCCACCUUCCCUUCCAUUUUUUCCCCAAGUCUUUCUUCAGUUCCAAGGCCAAGAUAAUCUAUGUCAUCAGAAAUCCCAGAGAUGUUCUUGUGUCUGGUUAUUUUUACUGGAGUAAGACAAAAUUUGUUAAGAAUCCAUACUCGCUGACAACUUAUUUUGAAUGGUUCCUCAAAGGAAAUGUGCCAUUUGGAUCAUGGUUUGAGCACACCUGUGCCUGGCUGUCCAUGAGAGAAACAGGCAACUUCUUGCUACUGAGCUAUGAAGACAUGAAAAAGGACACAAAGAGCACCAUAAAGAAGAUUUGUGACUUCCUAGGAAAAAAAUUAGAGCCAGAUGAGCUGGAUAUGGUCCUCAAGUACAGCUCCUUUCAAGCCAUGAAAGAAAAUAACAUGUCCAAUUAUAGUCUGGUUUGUGAAGAUCUCUUUAAUAAUGGUUUUGCUCUCUUGAGAAAAGGUCUCCUCCACUCUAGAUUGUAAGGAUAAGGUCCUCAAAUAUAAAAAUAUCGCAUGACUGGGGACUGGAAGAAUCACUUUACAGUAGCCCAAGCUGAAGCCUUUGAUAAAGUAUUCCAGGAGAAAAUGGCCGGUUUCCCUCCAGGGCUGUUUCCAUGGGAAUAAAUUCUUAAAACUUAAAAAAUA